GUCUCUAUUCUAUUUUUAAGGUGAUAAGUAAUAAAUAUUGAGGUAAUACUCUUAUUUCACGUGUGACAAUAUCUCGAUUAUAAUUAAAGUGUGUUAUCUAUCAUCCAGUAAUUAUAAAUGCAAGAACCAAAUGGAGAUUCCAAAUAAAUCGAAAGGAGAACAUUAUAACCUACGCUGGAAUAGUUACACAAAUAAUUUGAUACAAGUGCUUUUGGAACACCAGCAUCAUGAAAAUUUAGUCGAUGUUACAUUGUGUUGCGAAGGACAGUUCGUAAAAGCUCACAAAUUAGUUUUAUCUGCCUGUAGCGAGGUUUUUCAGGAAAUGUUCAAAGUUCACAACGUUCAACACCCAGUAAUUAUUCUUAAUGGUAUUAAAUUUAACCACUUUAAACAUAUAUUGGAGUUUAUAUAUCAAGGAGAAGUUAAAGUUUUGGAUAUAGACUUGGAGGGAGUUCUAGCUCUUGGUGAAAAUCUGCAAGUGAAAGGAUUAAGCUCUAUUAAAUUAAAACAGCAGGUAUCUUCCGAAGAAUUGAAAACUACUGCCUUAAAACGCAGCUCAAAUAGCAGAGACUGUAAACCAAAAUCAUUGCCGAGCUCGCCUGCCUUAAAUGAUCAAAAUAUCUUAAAUGUUGCUAAUAGUAAUCAGUUAAAGCCAAAAGAUUUCGCUUCCAACAGUCGGUCUCAAGGAAAGAAUGAAAAAAAUUCUGGAUUUAGGUUUCAAAGUGACCGACAAAUUCACACAGAUUUAAAAAAAGCGCGGACAGAAAAUAUUAACUUAAGUGCCGAGUCCAAUAAAAGUAUUAGUAAACUUGAGAGUAUACUUACUGAUCCAAAUGAAAAUGUUCAAAGGAAAAGGUUUAAACAUACAGAGGUACCUCCUGCUGUAAGUAAUGGCAACGGAGGCGUAGACAGUAAAAUCAGUGAAAAUUUUCUAGAAACUGAAAAAAAUUCCAGGCCAGCAAAUGCGUUCAUGAUAUUCGCAAAUGAAUGGAGGAAAAAAUUAAAAGUAGAACAUCCUGAUGAAAAUAAUAAAGCGAUAUCCGUUAAACUUGGAAAUAUGUGGAAAAAUUUAACCAAUGAAACAAGGCAGGCCUAUUACUUGGCAGCAGGGAAAAUGGAAUUGGAUCAAAAAUCGGGAGAUCUGGAGAGUACAACUAGAGCUGACUCAACGAAGAAAAAGAAAGUGGCAAGAAGAAAAACUAUCGAUUCCAUAUCACAUUUAGUUUCAGUAGAUCUUCAAGAGUUUGACGAUGAUGACGAUUUACAAAUAAUAGAAGUCAAUGAAGAUCCGAUAGACGUGUCUCGUUUUCCAAUAAAGAGGAACCGUAGUCCUGCAAACAAAAAUAAUACUUAGCUCGUAGUAUGGCAAGUGUACAAAACCUUACAAAAUUUAUACCUGUCAUAAAACACACUGUAUGUAGUGCAGGCAGUUAUUUUUUGGAAGUGUAUUAUAUUAAUAUAAUUUAUAUUCUUAACUAAAUAAAAAUUUCUUUUCAAUACAAAAUUACUAAGA